AUGGCAGUUCGAGCUCCCAUAUCGCUCUCCGUUGUCACUUGGACCCCAGGUCGGAACCUGGGCACUUUUGACUUCUGGGUUUCAUUCUUUGUGUACGGAGUAUAUGCUCGCGCAGCACACGGUGAAGUUGGAUUAAAAUCAAAGAAAGGGGGAAAAAAAAGGGCAUCGUCAAAACUUGAUCCAAUGACAAUGGACAAAAAGGAAUUCGGUCCCGUUGUCCAGCUCUUGAGAUUCGCCCUCACACUUUUCGCAUGUCACGGACAACGCAACCGUGGGACGUCGCCAUUCACCUUCUUACAGCGGGAUAAAGACAAUCUCUCGUCCCAACAAUGUUCUUGGACUCUCGAUUCUGAUAGGGCGUGGUCGCUAUUUCCAUCAAAGAGCAUUCAUUGUGAUUGA